AUGCGACUAAAUGACACGAAGGAAACGCCCAAAAGAGGAAGGAGGGAUGAAAAUUACUUGGCUUGUCCCUCCUUUCGGCCAUCCGAUCUAUCAUCCCCUCCUACUCCGGCUAACAACAACAAAACUAAUGGAAAGGAGGCGGAUACAUUGAACGGAAGGAUGGAAUGGGGUGGGGUUUACCACACAUUCACCAUCGACAUGCCUACUUAUCAUAGGCCACACCCAACCCUUACACCUCUAACAUAUGACCGUAUCCGGCACUUAUACCGUUUUUUCUUCGGUCGGAAAAGGUCAAGAAAAAAACAACGAGGCAGGGGAGGGUAA